CACAACAUGCACGUACGCUUUGAGGGUGAGACGUACGGUAUAAUGUUUUGAGUGUUGAGCCCUAAAAGGACGUUGUAGUCGAAGACAGGAGGAGCAAUUAAUAUUGCGCGUUGCGCAUUUUCUACAAGAGGUAACACUUGCUCUGGGUAGAAACAUGUUCUUACUGAGGAACAGAGCGGUUUGAUUCGAUCGCGUGCUUUGGUAUUAUCUCUUAUUCAGACUCGUGCCCACCUUGCGCGCGUCUGAUUCACCCGCCAUUCGACACUGUUCGAAGUGCACGCGCAGCACAUCUCUCCGGCCUUGUUGAGAUACGCGACGUCGGCGAAAAUAACUCGACGUCCGCGAUUCAAAGGCUAUUGAAUGAUCACACAUAACCUGAGGUAAGGGGGUCAGAAGCUCUUCAGAUGCCUCCUUCACAUCCAUGGCCAUCACAGAUAAGCAGGCCAAAAUGGUGCUUCAUCAGGAGGGCAUAACCACAUCUACAUUGACACCUCAAGCUUCCUCUGCUCGCUCAAUUUUUGUUGUCCUCAAACAGUUACAUACUGGAGGUGGAAGGCUGGAUGAAGGAGCUCUCUUGGCUAAUAAGGAGGCAAGUCCUGCAGGAAAAUCCACAACUGACCCAGGUGUAACAGGCUCUCAAAAAGUAUCCAUGUCAUUGUCAGCUAUGGCAUCCUCCGAUAACAGUAACCAGCUAUUGAACUGGCCAGCUGAGACUACAUGUAAAGGAAUAACUGUUACUUUGGAUAACAAUAGUAUGUGGAAUGAGUUUUUUAGAUGCCAAACUGAGAUGAUUCUGACCAAGCAAGGUCGUAGAAUGUUCCCUUAUUGCCGCUUCCGCAUCUCUGGGUUGGAACCAUUUCAGAGGUAUACUUUAGUAAUGGAUAUGCAACCAGUAGAUAACCACCGCUAUAGGUGGAGUGACAGACGAUGGGAGACCAAUGGGAAAGGCGACCUGCAUAUUUUUCGCUCCUUUGUACACCCUGAUUCUCCAGCAACGGGCCUCAACUGGAUGCAAAAUCCUGUUUCGUUUUACAAACUGAAGCUCACCAACAACACCUUGGACCAAGAGGGCCAUAUUAUAGUAAACUCUAUGCACCGGUACCUUCCCCGUUUUCACAUCAUACCUGCAGAUAAAGCCACAGAUAUUCAGCUAAGUGGACCUGAUGUUAUAACUUUUAGUUUUCCUCAAACAGAGUUUUUUGCUGUCACAGCAUACCAGAAUCUGUGCAUCACCCAGCUUAAGAUUGACUAUAACCCCUUUGCAAAGGGUUUCAGAGAUGAUGCUACCAGGACUUUGAAUAAUCUUAAAUCCUUGUUUGCCAAGAGGAAUGCUGCUGAAAAAGUCUGCAAAGGACAGAAUCUCCCUGUCCCCAAUAAUGGGGAUCUUAAAAAUGCUAAUUGUGAUCCCCUCCCAACUGCUGAGCCUGACAAAUGUUCUAGCAGUAAGAAGCGCCCAUGGCCAGGGGGGCUCUCUGAAUUGAUCAAAGGUGCUCAUGUUAAAGUGAAAAGGAUAUCCCUUGAUAAAGUCCAUGGUGGCAGUGGACAGCCAAUGAGCAUUUGCAGUCUCCAUGCAGAAGAGAAAAAGAUAGACCUUGCAUCCAAAGACUGUAAAUCAGAAAACAUUUCAUUCAUUGCCGUUGCCAAUGAGGAAACUGAAAGGAAGCCAAAGGAGGAGAAUGGGACCACUGAUGUCAAACAGGGGGACACAGAAGGAUCAGUGUCAUUUUCAAAAUCUGAAGACUCAACCACAAUAGAAAAUAUUGCAGAAGUAUCAUCACAAACAACUGGCAUGCCAAAUAACUCUGAUAAAACUAUUUCAGACACAUCCAAAAGUGAAAAUAUGUACACAGCUUUAAGUGAAACAAUAACCAUAUCAGAUGAAAAUGUUAGGGAAAAUUCACAGUCUGUGGUCAAACCUCUUGACUGUAUUGAAGUGAAAAAGAAGCGUGCAGAGCCUGUUCCCCUACCUCUCCUUGCACUGUUUUUACAACAGUUGAAGUCAAAAACAAGGCCCACCAAAUCAAAAUCUGAAACCGCUAGUUCUUCACAUACUGAUAACUCUUGUAAUUCUACUUUGGCUGCUGAAAACAUAGCACAUUCUAACACAUCCUAUACAUCCAAGUUUAGCAACCAGUCAAACACACAAACUGCAGCUUACCCUACAUCUGAAACCAUUAUCUCACCAUGCACUGUAGCUUGCACCACAAUGUCUCCAAGCUUAUUGUCCACUACAUUAUCCUCUACAUCAACUACACCCCAUCUCCCUUCCAUUCAUAUGCCUUUGAGGUGUUCUCUUUCCCUAGAUAUCACAAAUGCACUCAAAGUCCCUGGCCCUACUCUUGUUGCCAAACAGAAAUCUACCUCAGCUCCAGAUUCUGUCACCAGCCAUGACUUCAUGGCAGAUUUUCCUGAUAUAGUGCUUCUCCCCACCCCUGAGGAUGUAAAUGUCCCUGCUGCCCUUGUGCAGAAUUCUGUACCCAUCACAGCCACUGCACCUGACACUAAUGUGACUGUCUUUUCUGAUGCUCCCUCUGGCCUUGCAUGUAGCUGUGCUCAUGAACCCUUCCCUGCUACUACACCUAAUUCGCAAAACAAUGAACUGAGUAAAGUGACUACCCCUGAGACUGCUGUUGAUCCUGGUACAGUCCCGUGCUCUCGACCUGGUCCUCCACAAUUCCCAUUCUCAGGUGAUGCCACUCUGUCCUCACCAUCACAUGCACCAUCAUCUCCAGAUUUGUCUCUGCCAAGUCCAGCUCCUUCUUCACCUGACCCAUUUCCACCAAGUCUGUUUUCAGAUAGACCAAUACCUCCAAGAAAGUCACUUGACCCUUUUCCACCCUGUCUAACACUUGAUAGACCAAGACCUCCUUUAGAGUUACCAGAUAUAGUGCGACACAGUUUUUUUAUCACUAAACCAAUACCAUCUGGAGAACAAGAGCCAGCAGUUAACAGUGUUAGUACUGAGGUGCCGUGUCCUGCACUUUCCCUUGAAUCUUGUGUUCCAAAGACAACCACACAGGACUUGCAGGACAGUACAAGCACAAAAGCAAAGCUGAAAAGGAAAAGUGUGAAAUCAAAGCCAAGUGAAGAUACAGAGGUGCCUGAAGGUCCCAUACCUGUCCCAAUGCAGCCCAACCUUGAGGAUGUAGAGGGACAGUUGUUUGUUUCAUUCAUCUCAAAGAAAGCACUUGAAAUUCAUCUUGGAGAUGAAGUUAAAGAAGAUGAUUUACAUGAGACUACAGAGAAAAUUGAUGGUGAAGUCCCUAAUAAUCUAGAAGAAAGAAUUGAUGCACUUGAAAAGGUCCUACUGCGUGACUUAAAAAUGAUGAAGCAUAGACAGGUCAUCCACCCAGUUCUGCAAGAAGUUGGGCUGAAGUUGAACCUGUUGGAUCUUACUCUGGCCAUUGACCUGCAGUAUUUGGGUGUGUGCUUGCCUAUUCCUCCACCUGUGCUCUUACCUGGGGCAAGCCCAGGGAACUCAGCCUCAUCAUGCAUCCGGUUUGUUUCUAGGACAGGGAAAACAACUGACUUUACUAAAAUCAAGGGCUGGAGAGAGAAAUUCACCACCUCUGGAUCAUCAUCCUUUCCUGGAGUCAGCACCAGCUUGGACACAGGCCAGAAGAACCUUUCUGCCUUUUGCAGUGACAUGCUUGAUGAGUAUCUGGAAAGUGAAGGCAAACUUAUUGAUGAACGAGCUGACAGCUUCUCCAAGGCUGCCGUCUCUCCUGUGGCUUACCAGAUGCCAACCAAAAGCACAAGCUACGUUCGAACUUUGGACAGUGUGUUAAAAAAACAGGUGCCAACCACCAUCACUCAUAUCAAGCCUUACUCAGCAUCUCAAAAAUCUACUCUGGUUUCUAAAAGCAAGUUGGGUGAGAACACAUCAAAGAAAUCCUCCAGACCUGUUACAGAAAAAACAGCCUCAAGCACAGAUAAGCCAUUGUCUAUGUCUCACAUUGAGGCCUCCAAGCUGGGUUCCAGUUUGUCGAAGUCUGCAAGGUGUGGUACAUCAAAAACAUCAUCCAGUGAGCUGUCAGCUGCUGUUAACUUGUCCCAAAGCAAAAAAUCAGUCAAAAUCAAGUCCAAGAAGGGAUCCAAGACAUCGCAAGCUGCUGUGGAUGGUAUAUCACAGGGCUCUACUUCUGCUUCCCCUGGCUCAAGCACGGUAGGCGGUCGCAGUGCAGGACUACCCAAGACUCUGGUUAAACUAAUGGAUGUUGAGGAUGGUGCGGUCUGGGAGGGCAAACAUCGUACCUGUAUCACUGAGGAACGGGCAGCCAUUGCUUUGUCUUCUCUUGUGACAGUUGAGGCUGCAAUGACAGGAACCCCUUCUACGGUCAUAAAAAGACGUGCACCACCAUGCCUCAAUGACUUCUGUAGGUUGGGGUGUGUAUGUGGCAGUCUGGCUCAGGAGAGGCGCCAGCAUCACUGUGGCAAACCACAGUGUAUGCUGGGCUGUGACUGCCUGCGACGCAAAGUGGUCCUGUUGAAGACGCCUGCUGAAGACGAGAGCCCAAAAGAAGGGCCUGAACCUGAGGGUCAAUCAGCUGAAAAUGGUGUUAAAGUGAAGAAGAGAAAAAGGCGGAAAACCUACAUUCUGUCAGGUCCAGAAGCAGCACCUGAGCCAGCCACACGUGUAAAGAUGCUGUGGGAUCGGAAAAACUCUGAUUCAGAGUGUGUUUUUAUUCCCACUCCUGCCCAGCCUCACUGUCCACCACUCUUAUCUCCAGAAUUGCAAGAAGACUUGGAUAACUUUCUCUGUUCUUCACCUAAAAAAGUGAUGGACAGUGGAGAUUUGAACCUGAGCAAAGAUAGCAAGGAGAGCUGGCUUACAUGUGCUCGUGUGAGGCCAUUCUCUAGGAGAAGACUUUCUCAUACUGGACGAAGGGCCAUUAAGGAAGAUGACCCACACCUUUGUUCACAGAGCUCAGCUCAAGAGAUGGAGGAGGGGGAACUUCGACCCCCUUCACUGUUGGGCCCAACAAAACGGCUGGAAAUUGUGUCCAGGUGCAAGUGGGCAACAGCAGGGAGCAGGAACAUCGUUCUGAGUGUGGUGUGUGAGCAUAUGGCCCAGGACCGCCUUAAUAGUCCUUUCUGGAUAGGCAAGUACCGAAUUGAGCCAGUCACCAAGACUGUACAAGAGACAGAGGAAGGAUCAACCAUCACAUACAAGGUUGUCAUCUCUGAGCCCCAUCUGGUGGACAGCAAAGUCAGGAAGGAGGAAGAUGAGAGGGUGAAACAGCUAGAAGCCCUGUUGAUUAAGACCAUUGGGAAGAGUGAGGUGAAGGGCCUCCCUCUCCUCUCUCAGGUCACUCCUGCAGGUGUGCUAAAGGCUGAGACAAAGCUGCCUGGAGUUCCAGGGCAGAUAUGGGUCAAUGGAAAGCCAUAUCCACAAGCCAAGUUGGAACUGGGCCAGAUGGGUGCUUUGCACCCAGCCAACAGACUGGCGGCUUAUAUCACAGGAAGGGUGUACACAGCUAAACAACAGGCCAGUAAUAUCGCAGCCACAGCCACCAUUUCGAAGAUGUCUCGCACAACUAAUCCUACCACUACCACCACCAGUGUCGCCGUGACAACUUCUGUUACCAACACGCUUUCUCCCACUGUCAUAACUGUUAUGCCCACAGUGACUAAGCCCCCAGUGGGAUCAGUCUUCACCCAGGUUGUGCUCAACCAUAUCAACUCUCAACAGCAAAAGCUGCCCUGUACUAGUGCAGGGCAUAUACAGAGUACCAUUAAAAAUCUCAUCAUCCCCACUUCUUCUCUGUCAACUGGAGCCACUGGGUUCACACUUUCCCCUAAAACACCACCAAAAGCAGAUAUGGCUUUCCAGGCAUCUACCACGCCUGGUUCCACAGAUGGCUCCAUACCAGUGACUAAGGCAGUGCCAAGGUCUGGAUCUGCUGCACCAGAGAAGAAGACCUUUGUACUUGGUGCUUCUGGUCCAUGUGCAGCGCAGCCUGCUGGUGAAAUUAGGCUGAUGCAGCCUAUAGUUUCCACUCGCCCGGCCGUCCCAGGCCAGAGGAUGGUAUUUCAGAUGCUAAAGACCUCUAAUGGGAACACACUUUAUCGCAAUCCUAAUGGGCAGCUCAUACAACUGGUUCCCCUCAGCCAGUUCAGAGCCCUGAAUCCCAACCUCCUCAUACCAAAACAAACCGCACUAGUACGUUUACCUACACCUACGCCAGUCCCUCUGAGUAAGCCUGUAAAUGUCAGCUCUACCUCCAGCACGAUCACUCCCUCCACAACUGUUACAUCUACUACACAGGAUCAGAGUCUGACCCCUGUGCACAGUACUACAACUGUCACUAUGACUACAACCAUCACGUCCUCUGUGGCUGCAAAACAAGUCAUUUCUCUGUCUGGCUCCAAGUCCUUGGAAUUUAGCAGCCAGCCCAAUGCAGUGAAAAUUGUCCCAGGAUUUCUUCACAAUAUUGAUACAAGCACCUUAAGAAUUGUACCUCAGAAAAUCGUCCAGGAUCCCAAAGUGGUGAAAGAUCCCAAAAUCACCAUCACAACUUCAGCGACCUCAGAUCAAAACUCUUCAGAUGUUAGUCCUACAAACAGAGGCUUUGUAUUGCUUACACCCCAAACCACACAGAGCCAAGUCCUCCAGGGCUCUAACAGCACUGGCCAUACCUUUGCUACUCCAUCAAGGGGGACAGAACGGGACUCAAAACCCUCCCAGUGCUUAAGCGAGUCUCCUGAUAAGGCUAUUCAUGCAGACCACUCCUACACCUUUGAAACAAAGGAAUGUGGCAGCUCACCCCAAAUGGUCGGAGAUGCACCCAAAGAAGGGUCUGACCCUGCAAACAUCUCUGGAUCCCACAUGCUGCUGAAGGAGGUACUGGCUUUGGGUCCUAUUGAGACGGGUGAAGGAUCUGUUACCACAGGUGCAAUUGUGGUGAAUGAGGAUGGGUGUAAGACAGGAUCAGUUCUGGAGGACGGAGAAAUCGAUUCAGAUUGUACAGAACUGACUGAAGAUUCGGAUAUGUAUGAUGACACAGAGUCUGCUAGGUCCAGUGACCAGGAGGACCUGUGUAUAGUAACUGAUUCUAAUGAAGGAGAAAAGAAUAUGCCACAGAAACGGGUCUUUGUGGAUGCAGAAUUCCAACAUUUGACUGAGAAGGAUGAAGAGGAGUUGGUUGAUAUUGAAACCCUUGAUGAGAGGCCUGAGAGAAGCAGUUCACUGGCAGAGCUGAAGCAGCAUGAAGGUCAUCCAAAUCACAAAGCAAAAGUGGAGAGUGGAGACGAAUCACCGGGUAAAUGUAGGAGGAGGACACAGGAAAGGGUUAGACGCAGCACACUGAAGGAGUGCUUUCACAAGCUGCAUAGGACACUCAGCAAUUGCAAUCAUAAAGCCUCCAAGAUGAUGAUACUGACACAGGCCCAAGACGAAAUCGAGUCUCUUACUAAAAAAAGAAAUCAGUUAGUGAAAGUGCAAAAAAAGCUGAGGAAGAAGAGAGUGUACUUCCUUCAAGUAGCAUCUCAGUUAACAGGAAAGAGUGAAGAAUCCAUCUCUCAGAAGCUGGAUGAAAUUGUCGCUAAACAGAAAGCGCUUGAGAGCCAGAACAAAGCAAAAGGCACCAAUCCAGACUUUAUUGAGCAGUUAAUAGAUUCUGAGGAGAUGGGUCUCGGCGCAAAAAAGAAGCUGGAGUUCGAGGAGAAAAUGAAAGAUAGCAUAUCUAUACAUGCCCACCUGUCAUCUAACUCCAAACCAAUAGACCUUAGCAUCACUAAGCAGAAAACUCUGGUAUUCCAGGACAAAGGGAAAGAUAAUGACAGUGUCGAGCAGAAAACACUUGAGGCUGAUGAUAAAGGAGCACAAGCUUUUCCCAGGCCAUGUCAGCCAGAUAAAAUGCUUGGCCUUGACACUCCAGCAGCCUCUCAUCAAACACCACAUCUGGGAAACAGCCUUCCAGCAUCACGUGAGCGAACACGACCCAACAUCCUGGCCCGCAGUAAAUCCCAAAUGCCACCAGUGUCUCCAGUUAAAGAUCAAGUGUUUGUUCCUCAAGUGAUUCCGCUGGUACAAGCAGUGGUUCCAUGCAAUCAGAUCAUCGCUAUAAGUAAUCCUCUUCAACCCAUUGGCAUUGCUUCUUUAGAAGAAAGGCAAUCAACUACACCAGGGGUUGCAUCUGUGUCUAUAUCUGUUCCUGCUGUGUCCCAUCCAAUACGAGUGGAGAAUCCAUUUCCUAUUUUGCAGUCACAGGUCCUCAAGAUCACCAACAGUCCACUUAAAAUUAACACACCAGUUAAACCUAUAAGCCUCCCCAGGAUUUCUGGUGUUGUCUCUUUGGUGCCACCUGAAAAGGUCAUACCACCAUCGCUUGUUCUGCAGAAGACUGAUGCUACAGCAGUCAGCCAGGGACGGGCAGGCUUCAGGCCGGCUGUUCUGGAGCCUCUACAGAGCCACUCCUCUAACGUAGUCCCUUCUUUUCAGGAGGGACAGGGUGCAGACAGACAGCAGGAAGGAAUUGUGCCCAAGCAACCUGAACAGGGUACUAAGGUCAACAUCACUGAUGCUGCAACCAGCCGAAAAGAAGAGGGCAAAAAUACAGCUGGCAGCAAUGAGCCAGAUGACGAAAAUCUUAUGUCGUUGCUUGACGAGCUUGUUUUCCUCAAUCAGCAGCUGAACAAUGAGUCCACCCAGCCAGAAGGUGGUGCGCUGAAUCUUACAGAGGCUGGAGAGGUACCAGCAGACCUGCUGACUGAGAAGGAGGCAGGUGUGGAUGUAGAUGACGAGCGUUCCCUCAGUCCUCUUUUCCUUAGGCUGGAUGAGGAUCUCAUAGCCUCCACCACCUCGAAAGGUGAUGAAAUAGAUGACAUUCCCCCAAAGGUGGAUGACCUCGUCAAAGUUAUAUUUGGGUCUGACUCUCCUCCGAAUUCAUCGGAGUCUGAGGUUGUUGCAGUGGUCAGUGACGGUGUCUCCAUUGGCCUAGUGGGCCCUGCUAAACAUGACGCCCCAUCUCUGCCCCCUCUGCUGCAGAUGAAAGCUGGAGGCAUCACCAUUGGAGACUCUUUGAAAGAGCAAGCCAGUGUGGCAUGGCGGCCGAUGCCCAAGCUGGCCCCUCUGGGGCUAAAGACCCAGGAGGCUGGGCCACCUAAUGCGAUGAAUUCACUUGCUGUCAAACCUGGCUCUAAACUGCCUAGUCUUCAGAGUGCAAAUACGUAAUGACCAAUUAAUCAGGGAUGUUUGUCGUUUUCACCUCAGCAGGUAUAUAUUUUACAUAGGGCUGUUAUUUAUUUUUUGAGUAGUGUUUGUUUUUUUUGUCCUGCUUAAGCAAGAACUACCUUUUGUGCCUCUGUUAAAUCCAAAGAAGUUGCUUUUGGUUUUUCCCAUUUUAUUGCAGAAUGAAGAGGUAAUUGUAUGCCGCGUCAGAGCGAUUGUGAAACUUUUCCUCCAUUUUUCCUCUUAUUUUAGAAGAGGUGUCUUGGGUGAAUGAAGUAACAGAUCUGGGCACAUUUUUGUGUGUGUGUGAGAUUGUGCAACAUGGUUAAUAUACACUAAGAUCAUAAAUGCUAAGACAGGUUAAUGCAUGUGUGUUGUUUCAGUUGUUGUUCAAUUCAGUAGGAAAAGCUUAUGGAACCCCCCCCCGGGAGGUUACUCAAGGGUACAGUGGAGGUUCUUCUUCUCUUCUUUUUGCAGUGGUGUGAUAAGCCACAGACCAGCAGUAAUGCUGGACAGAAGUACAACCAGUGCCUCUAAGCUUACAUUGUUCAUUUGUUGUUGUUUUUUUGUGGUUUCAUUUUGACAUUUUUAAGAAAGUUAUGUAAUUAUGGACUGAAGCAAAGUGGCUGUAACUGAGCCAACCACCUGUAAUGAUAACUAAAACAUGCUUUCCACUGUAGCUUGUAGUCAUAGUCACAUGAAUAGUUUGAAGGGUGGCUGGGUAGGUGAGUGGGUUGUUUGUGGUAACAGAUAUUUGUGGCCUUAUCCUAGUCCUAAUGAGCUGGUUAGCUGUAGAUCUAACUUAUUCAUUAAACUAAAACUACAUUGGACCAAUUUUUAGUCCAACCUAAUAUCAGUUUAGAGUACUCUGUCCAGCUUGAAGAAUUGAAAUAUUGGUUAUAUCGGUAAUUGGUCUUAAUUUUUGGUAAACUUUUUGUCCAGAAAUGAUCAAUUUAGUUCUGCUUGCACAUGUUUUUUUUUUUGUUUGUUUUUUUUUAUAUAUAUAUAUAUAUAACACACACACACACACAUACUUUUAUUUAUUUUUUAUUUUUUUGUAAUCUUGAUCUUGAAGGUUGCAGUGUUUGUUCUGUGCAAGGGGUUUGGUACUCUGUUUAGUGACCUUUGCAUUAGAAGCUUUUGCCCAGGGACUUUAUUCUAAUGUAGUUACACAGUUGAAAUGCAUUUGCUAAUAGGAAAACAGAAAAGCUACAAAAUUAAAUACUAAUAAUGCAAUAAUAUACAUCCUAUCCAGUAUGGCAGUCUGUUAACUUCAAACAUUAAGUAAUACUACCCAUCCCCCUACAAUAAAAAGGUAUCUUUUCCAUUAGAUACCUUCUUAAUUUAAAAAAGAAAAAGGGUAAGGGUCUUUUUUACAUUAUGGAUAUCUUUGCAUUUUACUUGGUCUUGGAAGUAGACACUCAAAGGUUUGCAUAAAGGCACAGAUUUGUGUCUUUGACUUAAUUUAGCCCUUUUUUCAUGCAGUGAUGGUUUU